AUGAGGAAAUCAAUAACUUCAAAGAUUUUGGAGGCGUAUGCACGCUCAUCCGUAAAAUUCACAUCACAUAUACCACCCAAGUAUCCACAACAUCAUUACUCAACAACUCGCCCUUCUCAUCAAAUCAAAUCAAGAAAACAAACCAUCAUCAUGUGUGAGAGGACCACAGCUAAAAAGGUCAUCAAGCGAUUUGAUGGAGCUGUCCAAAUCGAAACCUUCAGCAAGUAUGUGGAUUGUCAGAGAAAACAUUGCGCAAGCUCUGGUUCUUACAAUUCUUCGCCACCGAUGGGUAGCAUCAAGAACGGCAACGGGAACACGGAUGCAGAGAAAAAAUAG